AGGUGCGAAGAAUGGAUGAUACGAUGAGGAGGGCGCAUGCAGAGUUGGCGGCAACAAGGGAGGAGGAGGAAAGCUUGAGGCAGGAGCUGCAGGAGCUCAAGGAAGAAGUCUCCUCGAAAGCCCAACAGAGGCUGCUCCUUCAAAGUGAGGUGGUGGACUUGAAAGACACAGUUAACAGGAGGAAGACUGAGAUCGACGUGAUGGAGACGAAGCUACGGGAGCUGGCAGAGCGAGAGUCCAAGCUGAGGGCGCUCGAGUUGGAUGUCCGCUCCAGGGAAAGUUCGCUUGCUGAGCGGGAGACCCGUGUGAAGGCAAGGGAGGAGUGGGUCGCCAAGCGAGACGGGCAGGUGAAGGCAGUGGAGGCCGUCUUGCUAGCCCGGGAGAAGAAGGUCAGAGAGAUGGAGGACUCGAACCAGACCAGGAGGUCAGACAUGGGAAGCGAUCCGGAGAUGUCGAGGUGGGCGGGAGGGUUCAGGUCUCCUUCCCGAAGUCAUCCGGCACCUCAGAGCCCCUCUAGAGCUCGGCCAGGCUCGGCCAGCAUGGCGUCGAGCUCCGCUGCCGCUAUGCCGAGGGUGUCGCGGGACACGACGCCCAAGAGAGGAAGCGGCGGCAGUUCGCACAUCCCAACGCAGUACGUGAACCCUUGGUAACCGAGUCUUCCGCCCAACUUGAUCCGCAAAUGAUGAGCUUCUAACCCUGGCAAACUUCGGACUGCCGGCCGCCACCGCCGGCCGCCCGGCUCGGCCGCAGUCGGCUGCCAGGCUCAGGGCAGUGAACUUCGGAACGCUCGGCCGUCGGACCGUCACCCCGGCGCACCGGCGGUGCC